CGGGGACAGCAGAUAUAUCAGAGUGGCACAGACAGAGCCGGCAGCAGUCACAGGGAUGAAGAUCGACAAGCGGCUGCUGCUCUUGGCCCUGUUGGUGUCGGCCGCCCUCUCCGGGCCCGUCCGACGCCAGGACUCCGACGAGGAAGAGGAGUCCGAGGAGUCCGAGGAGGAGGAGGAGGAGGAGGAGGAGGAGGAGGAGGAGGGGGGCGAAGGCGGCGAGCAGGCGGGCGAGGGGGCAGAAGAGGGCGAGGCUGGCGAGCAGGAGGCCGAGGGGGCACAAGAGGCCGAGGGGGGACAGGAGGAGAAGGGCAACAGUACCCAGCCUUCCCCCGGUGAAAGUGAGCCUGCCGAGACCCCGGCUGCUCAACCGGAGGAGCCAUCGCCACCUGUCGGCCAAUCAGAAGCCUCCGCACCUGCUGCCAGCCAACCGGGGCCGUCCACCUUUGCCGUUAACCCACCAGAGAUCUCAGUAGCCGUCGCCGUCCAACCAGACAUCGCCGUACCUGCUGCUGCCCAAUCAGGGGUCUCCGCUCCCACCGGCGUCCAACCAGAGGUCUCCGCUCCUGCUGCAGUCCAUUCAGAGGUCUCCAUUCCCAAUGGCGUCCAAUCAGAAGUCGCCGCUCCUGCCGCUGUCCGAUCAGGGAUCUCGAGUCCCGCUGUGCCUGCGAUCAGCCAACCAGUGGUCUCUACGCCCAGAGUCAGCAAAUCAGAGGUUGGGGCACCAGCGGCCAGAGAACCAGAGGUCAGUGCAGCUGCCUUUAGCCACCCAAUGGCCUCCAUGCCUGCAGCCAGCAAAUCAGAGGAUGCUGCCCCGCCAGCUGUCCAAUCAAGGAUCACUGCAGCAGCACCCAGCAAACCAGAGAUUUCGGCACCUACAGUUGACCAAUCAGAGGUUCCUGCACCUGGCACUGGCGAAUCAAAAACUGCCCCACUGGCUGGCCAGUUGGCGGUCUCCAUGCCAGCAACCAGCGAAUCAAGAGCCGCACCAUCCCCAGCCGGCCAAGCAGAGAUCUCCGCUCUCACAGACGGUGAAUCGAAAGCCCCAGCAGCGACGGCUGGACAUCUGUCGCGACUCCUGCCGGCGGCGAGACAGCCAGACGCUGCCGGGCUCCUCGCCAGACAGCCGCUGGCCUCCGUCUCGCUAGCCAAACACGUGGAUGCCGCUCCACCGCUAGCCAAGCGGUCCGACGCCCUGGAAAGCCCGGCUGGACUGCCAGCCGUCCCAGUCGCCCUGACCAGACAACCAGAUGAGCCGGCCAGGCUGAGGCAGCAGGUGGAGACGGCACUGAAUGAGAUAGAGCUGCAGGUGACCCAGGAACUGGCUAUAGUCCAGCGUCUGGCCCUCCGUCUAGACACCGUGGAGGCCACCCUGUCUAGCCACACCAGUCGGUUUCAGCGUCUGGAUGCCACGCUGGCUGAGUUUCAGGAUGCCAUCAGUAACAUCUCAGACUCGACGUACACCAACCGCAAGGGCAUCGGGGAGCUGAAGGGAUGUUCCCGGGGUGUCCGCCACAACGCCAAGUGCUUCCUGGGCUUCAGAUCCUUCCAGACAUUCGAGGAGAGCUUGGCCCGGUGUGGUUCCAGCGGGGGACGCCUGGCCUCGCCGCACGACCGGGCCGAGAACGAGGCCCUGGCCGCCUACACCCGCCUGUUCUUCGCCCCCGGCAACUGGCCGGCCUGGAUUGGGGCCACCGAUGAGCGGAGCGAGGGGGUCUUUCAAUACCGGGACGGGCAGCCGGCCGGGCUGUGGGACCCCUGGUAUCGGGACCACCGGCUGGGUCAGCCCAAUGGUGGGCGGCGGGAGAACUGCGUGGCUCUCUCCACUGACGACGGCAAGUGGUGGGACAAGGACUGUCAGAGGAGAAUGUACUACAUUUGCGAGUACGACUACUGAGGGGCUUCCAAACCCUGCCCCCUCAUCCACGGGAUGGGGCCAAUAGGGAGGGGGGGAGCUGGCACGCCCAGGGAAAACGGAUGGGUGUGGGGGGCUCAGAGGGAACCUACAUCACCAUGGGAAUUCUGGGCUUUCCAAUUGGCUCCUUGGCCCAACACCAACCCUCCAACUGGGCCCCUGACUCUCCUCUGGGUCUUUAACCUUGCAAAUGGUUCCUCAACCUUCUGGUUGGGACUUUAACCAUUCAGAGGGUCCUUCAUAUUCCAACUGAACCCACAAAUUGGAUCACAACGCUCCAACUGGACACCCCAACCCUCCAAUUUGACCCCUCACCCUCCAGUUAGACACCCUAACCCUCCAAUUGAAUACUUUGAAUUUCCAAUUGGACUCCAGCCCUCCAAAUGGAAUUUUAACCUACCAAUUGAACCCCCCCCAACCAUCCAAUUGGACAUCCAACUCUCCAAUUGGUUCUUAACCUCCCGGUUUGGUCCUCAACUCUCCAACUGGGCUCUUAACCUUCCAGCUGGGGGACUUCAACUUUCUAAGAGGAUCCAAGACCUCCCAAAUGGAUCACACAGCAGCUCCCUGAGAGCCCCAUAGGGCGAGAGCCUAGUCUGGUCCCCGAGAAUCCGUUUCCCCUUCCCCCCCUUCAAGGAUGGGAUGUCACCUCACUGCCCCUGCCCAACUUUCCCAUGUUUCCCUCAGGGUGGCCAAGAUGCAACAGAGGGGUGGGGCUGUGUCAGUGUAAGGGAAGGAGAAGAGGGCCAAUCACAAGUCAUGAUAUGGAGAGGCAGGAUGGGGGAAUGGGGUAGAGGAAACGGGCCAAUUGCAAACAUGUUACUAAGGCGCUUAAUGACCAGCCAACUGCCAGACCUUUUACUAUGGUGCAUUAGAAGUAGCAAGCCAAUCAGUGACAAUCAUACUGAGGCACAUUAGAGCUUGGUCAAGGGCCACUGUAUUACCACGAUCUGUUCUGGGACAGGGACCAAUCAAUAAAAGCGAUGCUGAAUCCCACGCAAGGAAGUGCCAGCUGAUCACUCAGCCAGUGUCCCGAUGCCAAAUACAUUUAGGCCAAUGGGUGGCCAGGAUACUGAGGCGGCCGGACAGCUGGGCCAAUUGGUGGACUGCGCACUGAGAUGAACUGGGUGGAAGGAUCGAUCAGCAAUCAGGAAACUGAGGGGUCUCAGGAGGAGGCCACCGCCCUUGGACUAUCUUCCAUUCUAUAUUACCUCUUCACUGGGCUCCAUUUGCCUGUACUGAUCCCAGGACACCCAGAAAUCCACCGGCCUUGGACUCAGGGACAGUCCAUGCAGGUGUUGAGGACUGCACAGUGCGAGGGCAGCUCCCCUUGAUUCCACCCCAUCGCUGGGAGGCCAGGGAUGCGGCAAAGUGCCCCACAGCUCGAAGAGAUAAACGACCUCACAGCAAGGGGGCGCCGGGGAGGAGGGAGUGAGGGGAGGGACGCAGGGGAGGGAAAGGCUCCUGGCUGUGCUGGGUGGGGGAGUGUGAGUCGGUAACGGGACAAUUACAGGAGUCCAUCCUUGACUUCGGUCUCUCUCCCUCAGGAUCUGCUGCCUCCGACUGAUUCUGUAUCUGUGGUUUCAAUAAACUCAGAGCUUGCCACCCAUUCCUGGUGUGAAUGGUCC